AUGAAGCAGCUCCCAACGCUGCUGAUGAAGUCCCUCUCAGUUUGUUCUUUACCAGCCUCCACAACCACCCUUCAACAAAUUGCUCUCCAUCAACCCAAAGGUGUUGCAAAGGUUGUACUGAAAAAGGGGAAGACACAAAUCUUUAAGGAUGGCAACCCAAUGGUGUACAGUGGAGCUGUUGAUAGAAUCAUCGGGCGGCCACCUCCUAAGACUGGAGAUAUUGUUCUGGUUGCAGAUGGGACUGAGAAACCAAUUGGAUGGGGCUUGUACAACUCCGUUUCUAUGUUCUGUGUUCGGCUUAUGCAGCUUGAAGAUGAAGCUACCAGCGAUUCAUAUUGUGCACUGAAUAUGGAGAAACUGAUUGAAACAAGAAUCGAUGCUGCUGUUGAAGUGCGUAGAAGGUUGGGUCUUCCAUCAGUCCACACAAAUGCAUACCGUCUAAUCAAUAGCGAGGGUGACAGAUUAUCAGGAUUGAUAAUUGAUGUCUUUGGAGAUGUAGCUGUAGUAGCAUCAUCUGCUGCUUGGGUUGAGAAAUACAAAUCAGAGAUAGAGGCUUGCAUUGGGAAAAUCGAUUACAUCAAUCAUAUAAACUGGAGGCCAUCUGUUGAUAUUUUGAAGGAAGAUGGAGUGAAUGAAUCCAAUUUAAAAGAAAUGCAUUCGUCUACAUGUCCUGAAAGAACAAAGAUUGUGGAAAAUGGAAUUGUAUACACAAUUUCACUAAAGGGGCAGAAGACUGGAUUCUAUGCAGAUCAGCGUGAGAAUCGCCAGUUUAUAUCAAGAAUUUCAGAUGGUCUAAGGGUUCUUGAUCUUUGCUGCUAUAGUGGCGGUUUUGCUCUAAAUGCUUUGCAUGGAGGUGCUUUAAAUGUCACUGGCAUUGACACAUCCCUGCUAGCUUUGGAGCUUGCUAAAGAAAAUGCUCUACUGAACAGCAUUGAUGCUGGAAGAAUAUCCUUUUUGAGGGAAGAUGCAACUGAAUUUAUGAAGGGUGCUCUCUUGAGAAAUGAAUCUUGGGAUAUUGUCAUCAUCGAUCCUCCUAAACUGGCACCAACGAAAAAGGUUCUACAUAGUGCAUCUGGUAUGUACAGGAAUUUGAAUUCACUUGCCAUGCAACUUACAAAAAGAGGUGGUCUUCUGAUGACCUGUUCCUGUUCAGGAGCUGUUACCCAAAGUGGGAUUUUCCUGCGUAUCCUUCAGGGUGCUGCAUCAAUGGCGGGUAGGAGAAUCACAGUUCUCAGGCAAGCUGGAGCAGCAUGUGAUCAUCCCAUUGAUCCAUCAUAUCCGGAAGGGGCAUACCUAACCAAUAUUCUUUUAAGAGUUUCAUGA